GCAUUCCAGCGAUUCCAGUGUUGUGUGGAUCGUGGAGAGAUGUGGACGUGCGCGGGAGUCCUCGCGCUGAUCGCGUGCGCGAGCGCAGUGACGCGCGACCAAUUCUACCCGCACGGGCUCGGGAUCGACCAGAAUUUGCCCCGCGGCGCCGAAGUCGCAUCCCCUGAAAUAACUCUCAAAGUACCCGUCAAGUUUUAUGGAGAAACUUACGAUACUAUAUUUGUAAAUAACUAUGGAGUGCUGACCUUCAGGGCCGACAUCCCAUCGUUCCUGAACAUUGAGUUUCCGCUGCCGUACCCCUCCAUCGCUGCCUUCUACACGAACAUCGACACGACAGACGCGGGGGCCGUCUACUACAGAGAAUCCGACGAACCGCACGUGCUCUCCAAAGCCGAAGAGAGCGUGCAGAACAACUACCAUGACUACUACGACUUCAAGCCAACCAGCGUGUUUAUCGCCACUUGGGAAGAUGUCACUUAUUCCUCAAACGGAGUGCCAAACGACCGCAGAAACCGCUUCCAAGCAGCCAUCAUCAGCAAUGGCACAGAAAGUUUCGUAGAAUUCCUAUAUCCCGAGAGAGAUAUCCAAUGGAUUCAGAAGGAAACACAAGUAUUAAGCUUGCCCGAUGCAAAGGCUCAAGCUGGCUUUGUGUCCGAAGACGGACGCAUUUAUACCCUUCGUGGAUCAGGCAGUCAUCAAAUCAGAAAUAUCGUUUCAUGGUCAAACGUCCACGAGCCUGGAAGAUACGUUUUUCGUAUCGGCGAUAUACCAUCGGAAGGUAACGUAGUUGUCCCCGACCAGUACAACCAAAAUGAAGUGGAAAUCGAAGAGGAGACCAAAACGUGUGCCCAGAGCGGCCCCAGCGUGUGCCACAUUCAAGCCAGGUGCGUCGACUACCAAGCCGGAAUAUGCUGCGAGUGCGGGGAAGGAUUCUACGGAAAUGGAAAAUCUUGUAUCAAGGACGAUGUCCCACUACGUGUUCACGGAAAAAUAAAUGGUGUUAUAAAUAACGUAAAUCUGAACGAUGUAGACAUUCAGGCGUAUGUGGUUGUAGCUGACGGCAGAGCGUACACAGCCCUUUCUCUAGUGCCAGGCGGCCUCGGAAGCAGUCUGCAGUUGUUACACGUACUCGGAGGUGUGGUCGGUUGGCUUUUCGCCAAACCCUCAGGAUCGGCCAAAAACGGAUACCAACUGACAGGCUCGUGGUUUAACCACACCGCAGAUGUAUGGUUCCCAGCUUCUGGUGACAGAGUUACGAUCAAUCAGGAAUAUCUCGGUCAUGAUGUGUUUGACCAGAUCACUGUAGAGACAGAUGUCAGAGGCUCCUUGCCAGUCAUACUUGCAGGCACAAAACUUGAAAUUACUGACUAUGAAGAACAGUACACUCUUGUAGAACCAGGACAUAUACGCUCCGAGUCCACUCGAACGUUUACAAAUAAGAUCACGGGAGAAAAGUACGAACAAAGAGUUUCUCAAUCCUUUUUCUUUAACACUUGUCGAUUUGCUCCCCCAUCGCCUGAAUUCAAUACGCCAUCAACCUUGAAAAUAAGCAAAAACUACUUAGGUUAUGAAACUAGGGAGAAUAUAGUGAGAUACGGAAUGAGCAACAAGAUAUUCCCUCUAGGCGAGGAGAACCCAUGUAACAAAGGACGCGAUAACUGCGGCCCUCACAGCACAUGCGUGGUUCAAGGAAAUAACUUCGCUUGUGUAUGUGAAACUGGUUUCACGAACAUUUACCAAAACGAUGCUCUCAUUUGUGUUGACGUAGACGAGUGUGCAGCUGGUACACACAACUGUGACAAUAAUGCAGAAUGUCACAACCAUGAUGGCGGCUUUCAAUGUAGAUGCCGUCCAGGAUUUUUAGGCAAUGGCAUAACUUGCAAGCCACUUCCGACUUGCCAAACCAAAAAAUGUGAUGUCAACGCCAGAUGUAUAGAUAACCCUGGUGAAGAGCCGAUUUGCACGUGCAAUCCCGGGUACAAUGGGGACGGACAGUUCUGCUAUCCAACCUACGACGAGUCGCCUUGUGGUAGGCCUUGUGGCUCGCCAUACGCCUCUUGCGUCUUCGUUGACGGCAGUUACACAUGCCAAUGUAAUUCAGGUUACUCCGGUGACGGUGAGACUUGCACAGAAAACUCACACUCUUAUAACAUCGAGGCUGAUUACAAUGAGACAUUUGUUCUCCCCAACUGUGAUGCAUUCAGCUGCACGUGUCCACCUGGUUACACGGACUACAGAGAUGAGCUUAACAACCAGCUAUGUCGACUUGACUACGAACCACAACCACCCGAACCCCCGCAAAAUAACUAUCAGUCACCUACUUAUCCUUAUUAUAAUCCUUCUGAUCCAUUUUCACAAGCACAAACAGACACUUCGUCUACAGCAACACAACCCACGUACCCACCACAACCCACUUACCCACCAGCUACCGAGUCCAGCCAAGGGUUCCCAGACUCCAGCUACUCGAGAACCCCUGAUAAUGAGUAUCAAUCUCCCACUGGAAAUGAAUACCCGCCAUCCUCUGAAAAUAACUAUGAAGAUACAUCAGUGAACCAGUAUUCACCAUCACCCGAUAACAACAAUAAUCAGCAACCAGACCACAACUACCAGCAAACCUUAGACGAGAACUAUCCAUCACCUCCACCGAAUCAAUAUCAACCGCCUACGAACAGCUAUUCAGACCCAAAUAACAACCAACAAACUUCCGAAUACCGCCCGAGCUCUUCCGAGUAUCCGCCACAAACAACGGACAACAACGACCCUCUGAUCAGAUGUGAGGAGGAUGCAGACUGUCCGCCCAACGCCGUCUGCUCCUACACAUCAGCAGACGCUUCAGGAGAUUGGGAAGGCAAGCACUGCGUUUGCCCAGAAGGCUACGAAGGCGAUGCGUUUGAGUGCAUCGAGCGAACCAGCAGCAGCUGCGCAUGCGGCCCCAAUGCACACUGCAUCACUACACGUACCGAGGAACUGAUCUGCGUCUGUGACCUCGGAUACCACGGCGAUGGUUACUCCUGCCGUCCGAACUUCAGUUGCAAAAACAAUUCCGACUGUGAAUACAACGCCGAAUGUCGUCCAGACGCAAACAGCAACGAGUACAUCUGUCAGUGCGUCCAAGGAUACAUGAAGGAUCAGAACGACGCAUGCAUUCCUGACGCACAACUAUGUAACGGUGCGUCGUGUACUGAGCACUCCUCCUGUCUCUACGACGCUGAACUGGACCUGAACUACUGCCAUUGUGACGAAGGCUACACUGGUGAUGGUAUCUCUCAGUGUGUACCAGAGGGACACACGUGCGACGUUGCCAACGACUGCAACAUCAAUGCCAUUUGCACAUUUGUGGACAUUACGUAUCAGUGUGUCUGUAGAGACGGCUUCAACGGUGACGGUUACACUUGCAUCCCUGAAGCGACUUGUAGAAACGAUCCUAACAUGUGCGAUUUGCACGCGUCUUGCUUGAAGAGGCAUGAUGUUUACUCCUGUGAAUGUAACUCUGGCUACAACGGUAACGGAAGCCACUGCGAGUUGAACCCGAGGAAGGCUGGAAACUUCUUGGUAGCUAGUGAUGGCGCGUCCGUAUACAGGGUUCCCUUCCAAGUGACGCCGAGAGAUUUUGCAACACCGUUCAACAGUGCCAUAUCGCAGAUCGCUGUAGGCGUUGACGUGGAUUGUGAAGUCGGCAAGAUAUAUUGGGGCGAUGUUGUUAGUUUCGCCAUCAAAACCGCUGCAUAUGACGGCAGUGACUCCGGCUUCUUCUUAUCGGAAGGUAUAAAGUCACCUGAAGGUAUAGCCGUGGACUGGUCUUCAAGGAAUAUUUUCUGGACUGACUCUAGGAAGUUAACUAUUGAAGUAGCAAACUUGGACACCAAAGCAAGGAAGGUGUUGUUUGCAGUCGACAAUAUAUCCAACCCCAGAGGCAUCGCCGUACAUCCACGAAGAGGAAAAAUCUUCUGGUCAGACUGGAAGCGCACAAACCCAAAAAUUGAAUGGGCAAACAUGGACGGGUCUCAACGAGGCAUCUUCUUGGACAAGACUGAUGUAGCACUACCCAACUCCUUGGCCAUUGACUGGUUGAGGGACCGUCUUUGCUACGCCGACGCUGGGCUGGCCAGCAUCAUCUGCGUUUCCAUCGACACACAGGAGAAGGAAACCAUUGCUGCUAACUGCUCUUAUCCCUUCGGGCUUGCCAUCAACGGCAACAAGUUCUACUGGACCGAUUGGAAAACAUUGAAGAUCGAAUCCUACGACCUUGACAAUCAAAUCCGCAGCCAGGUUCCCAUAGCAACGGCUUCAAGGAGACUGUAUGGAGUAGCCGUAGCCCCCGAUCAGUGUCCACAGGAACAAAGCAUUUGCGCGUAUAGAAACGGCGGCUGUGGCGUCGACCAAUUGUGUCUGCCAGAUGGCAACAGUGGCAGAACUUGCGCAGACGCAGAUAAGACUCUAAGCAGGCGUUAAUUAGGUUAGGUCAACGGCAUCAGCUAUGAUAGAUAAGCGACUUUUGCACAAUAAAAGAUGUGUUAGAACGCCACUUUUACGAAUACAUAGUUAUGUCUGUGUUAAAGAUGUUUUCAAUAUUAUUUUCGAUAGCACAAUGUCACUAAUUAAGUUUUUGGCGACCAAUUAUUAUGACAUCAAAUAUACUAGAAUGCAGCGCAUAACAGAUGAAGAAUUUAAUUAUGUUGAAAUUAAAGGAGUAAAGUCAAUUAGAUUCAUCACAACUUUAACGUAAAUUGAGCUAAGUCGCUCACAAGUAGUGGUGUCGUUGAGUUAGUUAUAAGAAGGUUUUGAUUAUGACCAAAAAGUACAUAAUUUAACUCUUAGAGAGUUGGCAUGUAACCCAAGUGUGUGCAAUAUUUUCUUGUAUUUUGUUUUAAAAUAUAAACGAUAAUAUUUUAAUACAAUAGAAAUGGUUGCUGGUAAUUUUGGUCCAAAGAAGCAUGAAGAUAAAAAUAUGUUUUAAAGAAAUCUAUGAUUGCAUUACUACGAACGGUGUGUGCACUUUCAAAACUACUUACUACGAAAUUAUGAAACAAGAAAUUAUUAUUUUGUAUCAUAUUAUUACCACAUAAAUACUGAACAAGAACUAAGUUACAAUUGAUCAAGAUUAUUAAUAAUUUCGUAGUAAACCUACUUCCUAAAACCCCUAGUUUAAUGUUACCAAUUAAAAAUUUUUAACCAGUUUGACUAACCACUAAAUAAUAUACCUCCCGCCUAAUUUUAACCAAGAUUUAUGAAUAAAUAGUUACGCGGAUUUUUCAGUAUUUUGUAGAUUUUGCAUUAAACAAUUAUUGUACUACAUUUAUAAAUAUUGAAAAUAUGAAGUUUGUACCCAAAUGAUAUUGUUCCUUCUCAUAACCAAAGUGUAGAAUAAAAUAAUAAUAAAUACUCUUAUUAAGAUCUUUAAUGUACUUCAAUCAAUGUAAUUUAUUAAUGCCAAAUCAAUAAAGUUAUUUAUUUAUA